AUGAUAAACAUUAUUAUUCUGAUCGUAGCAAGCAUUUUUUUUUUACUUUUUCCAGCAAUUUCAUAUAAUCAGCCAAACUUGUGUCCUAAUGCAACGUGGAACUCAACAGCUAUAACAUUUGCAACGACCACCACCGUAGGAUCAUACCCACAGGGAAUUUUUGUUGAUACAAAGAAUACUGUCUAUGUGGCUCAUCGAACAAACCAUCAGGUUCUAGUAUGGCUCAAUGGAAGUACCACACCAACAGGAAAUAUAUCUGGUGGUUUAAACUAUCCAUAUAGUGUCUUCGUUACAGAUAUUGGUGAUAUUUAUGUCGAUAAUGGAUACUCGAAUGAGCAAGUCGACAAAUGGACAUCAAAUUCUACUAUUAGUGUUCCAGCUAUGUAUAUGUGUGGACAAUGCUAUGGUUUAUUUGUCGAUAUUACGAACACAUUGUACUGUUCAGUGUUUAGUUAUCAUCAAGUUAUCUCAAAUUCACAAAGACAAGGUUCAAAUACAUGGACUAUUGUAGCUGGUAAUGGUGUUGCGGCAUUAUCAUCGACAUCACUUUAUAAUCCUCGUGGAAUCUUUGUUGAUAAGAAUUUAAACUUGUAUGUGGCUGAUAGUGAAAAUGAUCGAAUUCAAUUUUUUCCACCUGGACAAUUAAUCGGAACAACUUUAGCAGGAACUGGAGCAUCUGGAACUAUUGCAUUAUUAUAUCCAACUGCAGUUGUACUUGAUGCUGAUGGAUACCUUUUCAUUGUUGACUGUUAUUAUCAUCGUAUUAUUGGUCAAGGUCCAAAUGGUUUUCGAUGCAUAGCAGCAUGUUCUGGAGCUGGUUCAACAUCUAGUCAGUUAUAUUAUCCAUUAACACUUAGUUUUGAUACUUAUGGAAACAUAUUUGUCACUGAUCAGGACAAUCAUAGAAUUCAAAAGUUUCUUUUGUCAACAAAUUCAUGCACGAUUUCGUACAAUCAACCAAAAUUUAGUGCAUAUGCUUCGUGGAGUGGUAAUGCAAUAACUUUUGCGACUAUUGGAACAGUUGGUGCGGCACCCUACGGAAUUUUUGUCGAUAUUAACAAUACUGUUUAUGUAGCUAAUCGAGCAAGCAGUCUAAUUCAAGUUUGGUCAGAAGGAAGUAACAUACCUACAAGAAAUAUCACUAGUGGUUUAGCUUAUCCGUACAGUGUUUUUGUUAAAAACAAUGGUGAUAUUUAUGUUGAUAAUGGAUAUUCAAAUAAUCGUGUCGACAAAUGGAUAUUAAAUCUAAGCACAAGUAGUUCAGUAAUGUAUGUUAAACAAGCAUGUUAUAGUCUUUUUAUUGAUAUUAAUAAUAAUCUUUACUGCUCAAUGUAUGAUGCUCAUCAAGUUGUAACAAAAUCAUUAAACAGUAAUUCAAGUAUGUGGAUAGUUGCUGCUGGAGAAAGUUGUGCCGGAUCGACAUACAAUAAACUUUAUUAUCCUCGUGGAAUCUUCGUUGAUACUAAUCUCAAUUUAUAUGUUGCUGAUUGUGGGAAUAAUCGAGUUCAACUCUUUCCAUCUGGACAAGUAACCGCAACAACUGUAGCAGGAAGUGCAGCAAUAGGAACUAUAUCACUCUAUUGUCCUAGUGGAGUUGUACUUGAUGGUGAUGGAUAUCUUUUUAUUGUAGACAGCUACAAUCAUCGUAUUGUGGCGUCCGGACCUACUGGUUUUCGAUGUAUAGUUGGAUGUUCAACUGUCGCUGGUUCAUCAUCAAGUCAAUUAAUUUAUCCAUCACUUCUUAGCUUUGAUAGUUAUGGAAACAUAUUUGUCACUGAUCGAGAUAAUAGUCGAAUUCAAAAGUUUAUUUUAAUACCAAAUACGACCUAUCCUUUCUCGUUUAAUCAACCGAAUUUUUGUCCAUCUACAACUUGGUAUCUCGAUGGUAUUACGUUUGCUAAUAGUAGCAUGGUUGGUCUAGAACCGUAUGGUCUCUUCGUUAGUAUAAACAAUACUGUGUACGUGGCUGAUCGACAAAAUGGUCGAAUUAUAGUAUGGUUAGAGGGAAGUCUUUAUCCAGACAAAAUUAUUUCUGGUGCUGCGAGUUUUCCAUUGAGUCUAUUUGCUACACUUUCGGAUGAUAUAUAUAUUGAUAACGGUGUUAGCUAUUCUCGAAUCGAUAAAUGGCCAAGAAAUUCAAAUAGUAGUGUUAUUACUAUGACUAUAGUUGAAGAGUGCUAUAGCAUUUUUGUCGAUAUAAGUAAUACUAUUUAUUGUGCAAUGACCUUUUAUCAUCAGAUCGCUAAAAAAUGGUUAAAUAAUAACGGAACUACACUUACUGUCGCAGCGGGUACCGGAGCUGCAGGAGGAGCUUCAAAUCAGCUCUAUUAUCCUGCUGGAAUCUUUGUUGACGUUAAUUUUAAUUUGUAUGUGGGAGAUUGUGGCAAUGACAGAGUUCAAAUGUUUUCAUUAGGACAAGUAAAUGGUAUAGCAAUAGCUGGGGCUGGUGCACCAGGUACUAUUACACUCGAUUGUCCGCAUGCAAUUACAUUUGAUGCUAAUGGAUAUCUCUUCAUUGUUGAUCAUUACAACCAUCGAAUUGUUGGAUCGGGACCUUAUGGUUUUCGAUGUUUAUUCGGAUGUACGACUAUACCAGGCUCUGCACCAAGUCAAUUAUAUUAUCCACGAACUUUUGGUUUCGAUAGUUAUGGAAAUCUGUUUGUUGCUGAACAAUACAACCAUCGAAUUCAUAAGUUCAUUCUAGCAUCAAAUUCAUGUAGUCUUUCUUACAAUCAACCUAAAUUUUGUCCAGAUGCAUUGUGGUAUUCAAAUGCUUCAACGUUUGCAUCAAAUACCACCAUUGGUUCAUUACCUUAUGGUAUAUUUAUUGAUGGUAUAAAUAAUGUGUAUGUGCCUAGUAAACUUUAUAGAACUGUUUUGGUCUGGUCUCAAUGGAGUAAUACACCAACAGGCAAUAUUUCUAUUUAUUUGAAUCGUACAUUUAGCUUAUUUGUUUCAAUUACUGGUGACAUUUAUGUUGAUAAUGGUUAUUCAAAUGGUCGAGUUGAUAAAUUCAUAUUUAAUACAUCAAAUAUUGUCACUGUUAUGAAUAUUAAUGGAAGUUGUUAUAGUUUAUUUCUCGAUAUUAAAAAUUAUUUAUAUUGUUCUCUUAAAGAUUUUCAUCAAGUUGUGAAGAUCUUACUUAAUAAUGGUACAAACAUGCCAACAAUUGCAGCAGGCAAUGGGUCUGCUGGGUCUGCAUCGAAUAUGUUGGAUUCUCAACAAGGAAUCUAUGUUGACAGUAAUCUAAAUUUGUACAUUGCAGAUUGUGGUAAUGAUCGAAUUCAACGCUUUCAAUUCGGACAACUCAAUGGUGUGACAUUAGCUGGAAGUGGAGCAUCAGGAACUAUUACACUUGACUGUCCAACUGACAUUGUUCUUGAUAAUGAUGGAUAUUUAUUCAUUGUCGAUAGCAACAAUCAUCGCAUCGUUGCAUCAUCAUCCUAUGGCUUUCGAUGUUUGAUUGGAUGUUCCGGAGGUGGUUCUUCAUCCAGUCAAUUAUCUUAUCCACAGAGCAUGGCUUUUGACAGUUAUGGAAAUAUGUUUGUUACUGAUCGAAAUAAUAGCCGUGUUCAACAAUUCAUCUUUAACAAUAGUCCUUGCACUGUACAAACAACCAUUCAAAGCACUGUAGUUCUCACCACGAAUGCUGUUCAAACUACGAUAACUCUCGCAACAACCACAAUUGGUACAACGUCCGCUCUAACCACUGCAGCUAUAAAAAGUACGAUGGCUCCGGCCGUUAGCACAGUCGACACUACUGUUGUUUCAAUCACAGCUGCUGCUGGAACUACUGAGACUCCAACUACAAGUAUAUUGGCAGUUGCCCAAACCUCAAUAACAAGCCACAUUGAAUCCACUGCAGUCUCGACCACAAGUACUCCCAUAAUCACUAACCCUCCAGCCACCAGUACCGUCGAAACUACUGAAACGCCAAUGACAAGUGUUCCCACAACCAGUGAAGUUCCAACGACGAGUACUAUCGAAACUACUGAAGCUCCGACGACAAGUGCUCCUAUAACCAGCGAAGCUCCAACAACGAGCACUAUUGAAACUACUGCAGCUCUCACGACAAGUGUUUUCAUAACCACGGAAACUUCAGCCACCAGUACCGUCGAAACUACUGAAGCACCAAUGACAAGUGUUCCCACAACCAGUGACGCUCCAACAACGAGUACUAUCGAAACGACUGAAGCUCCGAUGACAAGUGCUCCUAUAACCAGCGAAGCUCCAACAACGAGCACUAUUGAAACUACUGAAGCUCCGACGACAAGUGCUCCUAUAACCAGCGAAGCUCCAACAACGAGCACUAUUGAAACUACUGAAGCUCCAAUGACAAGUGUUCCCACAACUACUGAAAUUCCGGCUACAAGCACCAUUGAAACUACUGAAUCACCAAUGACAAGUGACGUCAAAACCACUGACACUCUAACCACAAGUGCCCCUGAUACUACUACUGUUCCAACCACCACUACUAUCAAAACGUCAGCAGCUGCAAUCACAAGUGCCGUCUUAAGCACUGUAGAUGCAACCACAACAUUAUUUGCAAUAGGUUUGCUUCAUCAAAUUUUUUUUUUGAAAGCUUAUAUAGGAAUUUUUACUGUGAUAGAUAGGAUAACCACGAAUAUCAUUGAAACAACUGAUGUCAAGAGCUCAACACAGCUUGAGAAAGAAGAAAUCUCCUCAACACAACAACAAUCAUCGAUAAUCACAAUUUCAACAACUUCAGAGUCACUUAUUACUAAUGAAAGUUGUUUUUCACCUACUGUUACACUCAUUCCUGGAAAAUCAUCUUUAACAUCUCCAUUACAAUAUCGACGGAGUCAAGAUUUUUCUAUUAUUUCGAUUAUUCAAUUAAAUUGUCAAGGUUCACUUUCAACAAUUAUUACAUGGUCAAUAAAGAACUGUAGUAGUUCUUGUUCAUUUCAAAUUCAAUUAAGUGAAAAAGUAAUUACAACAUUAAGUGAACUAUACAUACCAUCAAGAAGUCUUGCUUAUGGUAUUUACGAGUUCAAAAUAAUUGUAGCACAAGUUGAUUUGUCAAGUUUAAUAUCAACAGCUUCAGCUUAUGUUAGAAUUACUCCAUCAGGUAUAACAGCAAAUCUUGUUCAAUUGGGAACAUCAAUGAUUACACGUGGAAGUGAACAAGAUCUGUUACUCGAUCCUGGAACAUUUUCUAUUGAUCCAGAUGAAGAUUCAUUUGAUGCAAGUAAAUGGAAAUAUGAAUAUUAUUGUCGAAUUUAUGGUUUAUAUAACUUUCCAAAUUUGCGAGGUAUAUUAUUGAGUAUUGAUGAUAAUAGAACUGAUCCUUCUAAUCCAUCAUGUUUAUCAAAUCGAUCAAACAAUGGAAGAGCAUGGCAAUAUACUAAUUCGACUAUUUCACCAAAGUCAUCAAUAACAAUUCUUUCUGGUUCACUCCAAUCAAAUCGAACGUAUCAGUUUUUGGUUUAUAUGGAAAAUCGUCGAAAUUCUUCUAUUCAAGCAACUGGUUAUUUACUUGUUAAAGUUGAGGAUACUCGUCCACAACUAAUCGCUGUUGGUUGUGUUAUAUCAACAAUGUGUCUUCCUAAUCUUGAAUUUCAACUGGUUAAUCCAACAACACAAGUUGCUUUAUUUUCUAUUUGUGUUGGAAGUUGUACAAAUAUUCAAAACAUAACAUGGAAUAUAUAUCAAGGCUCAGAUAAUUCAUCUUCAAAUAAUACUCGAUGGAUUUUAUUUAAUCAAAUGAUUUCAUAUGAAAAUAUUUGGUUUUUUGGUAGAAAUACCACGAAUUUCACAGCAACAAACAAACUAUUUCUUGAGAAUCCUCAAAUAACUCUUUGGCGAUUUGAAGUUGUUUAUGCAUUGACAACCGAAACGAGUACAAGUGCACUGAAUUUUGCUAUUAAUCAACCUCCAUAUAAUGGUUCUUGUUCAAUGAAUCCUCUCAAUGGUACAACAAGCACCUUAUUUACAAUAUCAUGUUCAGAUUGGUUUGAUGAAGAUGGAAUUAAAGAUUAUUCACUCUACGUUUGGACAAAAGAUUCAUCAGAACGAUUAAUAAUUGCUUUUUCACCAGUAUCAAUUUUUCAAGUUCGUUUACCAGCUGGAGAUGAUCAAACAUCUAUACUCAAUAUUGUUAUUUACAUUCGAGAUAUUCUCGAUUGUCUGACUGAAAUGAAUAUGUCUUCUGUUAGUAUCGUGCCAGAUUCAACAUCAAUUACUGAUUUAAUUAAUAAUUUACAAAGUUCAUCAAAUGAAAUAGAAAAUAAUCCAAUUGUUCAAUUACUUGCUAGUGGAAAUCAAAAUAUUGUUGGACAAAUAAUUACUUCAAUUUCACAACAAUUUAAUAAAAUGAACAAUGAAAGUCUAGACAACGCUGCUUCAAAUGGAGUUCCACUCGCAAGUAUUUCUGUAGCAUCAUUAGGAAGUACAAGAUCACAAGAAAUUUUCAUUCCAUUAAAUGAAUCAGCAUUGACUGAAUAUAAUAAAGAAUUAAAUUCUCAAGCUAAUGUUCGAGAUUAUCUAAUAACAUUUACAAACAAACUUGCCAUUACAACAUCGAAUAGUAUCAAAUUACAAUCAACAUCAUUAGCACAAUUGACUCAAGCUACAAAUCAAUUAACACGAUCAAGUUCGUUACUUGCAUCAAAUAAGUGUCAUCAAUUAUCUCUUGCUUUACAUUCAAUGGCAACAAAAAUUUCAUAUGAAGAUGUACAAGCAGCAUCAACUCAACUAAUUCAAUGUGGUACAAAUGUUUUGACUGCUAUAAAUGGAGCAAUACAACAAAGAACAAGUUUACUUAAUUUAGAUUUGUCUCGUUCAAAUGAAUUACCUAUUGAUUAUGAAACUGAUCUUGAAUCUGAAUGGUCUAAUCUAAAUUUAUUUGCUGAUGGAAAUGAUUUUUCAAUGGAAACAAUUGAAAAAAAUCGAAAUAUUUAUUAUCAAAAACAAGCAGCAAACCAAAUAGAAAAUCAAGUAAAAGAAAUGAUGGAAUUAUUGACAUCUUCAUUAAAUAUUCAUUUAAAUCUUGGUCAAAAUUUAUUAAUAAAUACAUCUGAAACAUUCAUGUCAUUAGAAACAAUAUCUGUUGAAUCACUUUCAAAUAGAAUAGUUAAACAGGUUGGAAAUGCUCAAUUUCGUAUUCCAUCAAAUUUAACAUUUGAUAAAAUAGAUAAUUUUUCAAUUUCACUUCGAUCAAUGAUGAAUCCACUUGCUCCAUUUGGUAAUUCAAAAUCUGGAUUAAAUCAAAAUCUUUCAAGAUCAAUUUCACUUUCAAUACUUGAUCAUAAUGAAAAUGAAAUUUCUAUUCGAACAAAUCUUAUUGAACCUAUUCAAUUGAUAAUUCCUCGUGAUCCAAAUUUAAUAAUUCCAUCAAUGAUUUUACAAAAUGUAACAUCAACUAAUAAUACUCCUCAUAAUCAAUUAUUUUAUUUAAAUUAUAUUAAUAUUACAAAUAAUCUUACUGUUUCAAUUCAUUUUGAAGUAUAUCCUCUCAAUAUAAAUCUCGCUUAUUUAUUUAUUUAUAAAUUUGAUGAAACACCUCUAUUGAAUAGUUCAAUUAAUUUAAUUGAUGGAUGGACUCUUUUUUGUCCUUCUGAUUUGACUAAUGAAAAUAUUUAUAAAUAUUUUAUUAAUAAUCAACAAACAUCAGGUCAUCAAUCAUUAAUAUUUGGUUUAAGAGAAUUAAGUUCAAUAGAAAUGAUUGAAUUUUGUUUGAAUUCUUCCUAUAUUAAUCUACCUAUUACCGAUGAAAGAUAUAAUUUUACAUCAAAUUAUGAACUUCGUAUUUAUACAUCAGGUUGUUAUUAUCUUGAUUCUAAUAAUAAUUGGAAAUCAGAUGGAUUAAUAGUUGGUUCAUUAACAAAUCAUUAUGAAACGGAAUGUUUAGCAACUCAUUUAACAACAUUUGCCGGUGGUUUUAUUGUUUUACCUUCACCAAUCAAUUGGAGUUAUGUUUUUUCUAAUGCUGAUUUUAUGCGAAAUAAAACAAUUUAUUUAACAGUUAUAUCUUUUUCGAUAAUCUAUAUCAUUUUAAUGAUUUAUGCUCGUUUUAAAGAUAAAAAAGAUAUUGAAAAAUUGGGAGUCACACCAUUAUCUGAUAAUAUAAAAUCUGAUCAAUAUUUUUAUGAAAUUCUUGUUUUUACUGGUCGACGAGUCAAUGCUGGAACAAAAUCAAAAGUUCGAUUUAUUUUAUCAGGCGCUAAUGAUGAAACAAAUGUUCGAACAUUUUCUGAUUCUCAUCGAAAGAUUUUUCAACGUGGUGGAAUUGAUGCGUUUAUUAUGGCUGUUCCUANAAUGUUAUAG